AUGGCUAUGUCGCGACAGAUUUAUGUUCUUGCCAUUACGCUAGUUUUACUGCUGGCGCCUGCUGCGGCGAGGCCGCGGCGGCCCAGCAAGGGACAGCUGAUUGCGGAGGUGAAGAAGGCCCGAGACGCGCUCAAGAACCCCAAACUGAAUGGCCGAUAUCGCGCCAGCAGCGUGCUCCUUGAUCGCCUCAUCCCUCAACUGGAGACCAACUGGAACCCAACGGACGCGUUCCUCGCCUCAGCGGACGGCAAAACCGUUCUGCUGCCCGAAGACAGCGCAAUCAAAUCCGCGGCGCCUAAUGCCAUCUACAACAUGGUGAAUCCGGAUCUGAAGCGCCAAGAGCUUCGCUCCUAUGCUUCGUGGAUUCGUUCGAAUAUUCUUGACGGGGUAUUACUAGAGAAGAAAGACAUUGCUGCCGCCAAGGUGUUACGGGAUGACAAUGGUCGCAAGGUGGAUGCGGCUGUCACUGUGACGCCGAACGGCUUGGGGGGUUGGAUGAGGAAGAUUCGCAUCGGAAAGGGCAAGGCGAAAAUCAAGCACCCCAAGCUGUUCAGAGGGAGGUUUUUCGUUAUCCACGGUCCUAAACGUCUCAUUCAGCAUGCAGAGACUAGCAUCGCUUCCUUGGAGCCCGAGAAGGAGUGGCGGGUGAUGGCUGCUAUGGUGAGCAGUUCAAUGGUGUUGCGCUGCGCUGGGGACGAGCGGAUGGGAGAGAAGUGGGUGCACAUGGGAGAGCAGUGGGUGCACAUGGGAGAGCAGUGGGUACACAUGGGGGAGGAGCGGUGCAGAUGGGCGAUGGCUGCCAUAGUGAGCAGCUGGAUGCUGUUGCCUGGGCCUCUGCCUUCCCCUGCUGCCACGCAUGCCACGCUGGCUGCUGCUACUCUUUUGCUUUCCCCCACAGAUGCUCCCCAUACUGGCUCUUUGCGAGGGAGUGCCGGGGCCCGGGGGAGCGCCACGUUGAGACGGCGCGUGAGUGAAGGCGCUCACAGCCCUGUUCUCAAGGAAGGAAGAGCGCCAGGAGGAGGCCUGCCUGUUCACACGGCGCAUGCGCAUUGGGUCGCCCCUCACCCGUACGCCUGCCAACGCCACCAUCGCAACACGGGAGGGCAUAUGCAUUAG